ACAAUGGGGCCAUCUGCACCCACCGGCUCUGGCUGGACCUGCAGCGUAGGGAAACCUGGAAAUCGGAUCAGCCGAGAUCUUUUGUGUCCUCCAUCGUCUCUUUCAUUCCGAGUUCCUUUAAUUUUCCCCUGUCUUUGAGAGAGAAGAGCACAGAAACAAAGAUCUUUGCACUGAAGAAGCCACCCGCCAGUUUUUUUAAUUAAUGGUGGUGGAGGCUCGCUGGGCACCAGUCCUCUGACUCUGAGAGCCAACAGCGGUACCUAUCCUAUAUAUGGAGGCCCUCAAUGCUGCUGGGCUGACCCCAAUCUCCGUUCUCUCUGACGGGAAACGAGACCCCAGAAAGUCCCUCGUUUCACUUUCUCUUCUUCCCCCGAAUUCCCCCCUCAAACUCCAGAACACUGCCUCUUUUGCUGCCAUUCCUUCGGCCUCAACAGCGUGUCUAAAUAUCAAUAGAAGCUUCCAUGGGGGUCUCCUCCUCCUCCUCUCCUCUCUACUCGGCCCCCCUUCUUUCGCCCAGGCUCUGACGUACGAAGAAGCUCUGCAACAGGCUGUGACCUCUCCUGCACCGGAAGGGUCCUUGGAGCUGGACGCUAGUGGUGCUCUCGAUAGUGUCGUCGCCUUCGUGACUGAGAACCCUCUGCUGAUAGCCGGCGGUGCUGCAGUUUUGCUACUCCCGUUGGUCCUGUCUCGAGUCCUGCAGAAGCCAAAGCCUUGGGGCACCGAGUCUGCAAAGAGCGCUUAUGCGAAACUCGGGGAUGAUUUGAACGCUCAGCUGCUUGACAUCAGACCCCCGGUGGAGUUCAGGCAAGUCGGUAGUCCUGACAUCAGAGGAUUGGGAAAGAAACCGGUUCCAGUCGUCUACCGGGGGGGGGACAAGCCCGGUUUCUUGAAGAAACUUUCCUUGAAAUUCAAAGAGCCAGAGAAUACCACAUUGUUCAUCCUAGACAAAUUUGAUGGGAACUCCGAACUUGUAGCAGAGCUGGUCACCGUGAAUGGAUUCAAAGCUGCUUAUGCCAUAAAAGAUGGAGCAGAGGGGCCACGCGGAUGGAUGAAUAGUGGCCUUCCAUGGAUUCCCCCUAAGAAAGCAUUAUCUCUUGAUUUUAGCAAUCUGACCGAGGCUAUUGGUGGCGUAGUUGGAGAUGGAACUGAAGGCUUGCCAGUUGCCCUUGGGAUUGCAGCAGCUACGGGAUUAGGUCUGUUGGCUUUCUCCGAGGUAGAAACAAUCCUCCAACUUUUAGGUUCAGCUGCGCUGGUUCAAUUUUUUAGCAAGAAGCUCCUAUUUGCCGAGGACCGAAAGGCGACGCUGCAGCAAGUCGAUGAGUUCUUGAACACUAAGGUUGCUCCGGAAGAGCUGGUGGAUGAAAUAAAGCAAAUUGGGAAGGCUCUUCUUCCUUCGACAGUUACAAGCAAGGCUCUUCCUGCAGCCACGGGAACGAGUGCAGAGCCUGUCUCCACUGAGAACACCGCACAGAAGGCAGAAGCCACUCCUGAGCCAAAAGCCGAAGUACCUCCUGAGCCUGCUGUUGACAUAAACUCAGUACCCAAGCCUGAGGUUAAAGCAGAGUCAUUCCCAGGAUUUUCGAGACCUCUCUCCCCUUACCCAUAUUAUCCGGACUUGAAGCCUCCAGCAUCUCCCACUCCAUCACAGCCUAGAGGUGCAUUUUGAAGGACUGGAGUCUUUAGGGAGAGAAUUUCUCAACUAUCGGAUGGAGUCCUUCGACAUUGUGUCUGAUUCUUCGCCAUAGUUGCACUUACGGCACCUUAAGCUGAGAGUCACCACUUUGCCAGGAAGUUCAUGUAGUCGCAAUUGAGUUAAGACCGGUCCGUUUGUUUGCAAUCCGUCUGUCUAGUACACUAUUUUUCAUCUCAUCUCAUUUUGUAAUGGUUGGAUAUGGCUCGUAUUAUAUAUAUAUAUAUAUAUAUAUAUAUAUAUAUGUAUGUAGGCGUUCUCUCUGCAAGUUGUGCUCGAAUUUUUACAGUGUGUUUGGAUUGAGAGUUGAGUUGAGUUGAGUUGAGUUUUGAUUUUAA